UCCUGCUUUGAGUCUUUGUGUGCAUAUAACACAUUGUAGAAGGCAGAAGAGAAACUGCCUGCGUCAUUUCAACUUGGUAUUAACUUACAGUCAGUGCCUGUUUGAGGAAGAGGACAGCCAGGCACAUCAAUGAUCAGCUCCUCUUUGGUACUAAGUGGAUAUUCUGAGAGGGAACUAUGAGUCUGGGACCUAAGUCUAAAGGAGUUCAGGGGUACAGUCCCAGCGCUCUGCUGAGCCCACAGGAGAAUGAGAGGCUGGGGGACCUCCUGGGGAGGAGGUGUGCUUCCCUGGCAACGGCUGUGGUGCAGCUGUAUAUGGCCCUGCCACAUAGUCCCACCUGCUGGAGCCUGCAGCACACUGGGGUGGCCUGCUUCACCAAGGACAACCCUCGUCGCUCCUACUUCAUACGCCUCUUCGAUGUCAAGAAAGGACAGCUGACCUGGGAGCAGGAGCUCUAUAACCAAAUGGUCUACCACAGCCCCCGACCCUUCUUCCACGUAUUUGCUGCAGAUGACUGCCAAGUGGGGCUGAACUUUGUGAAUGAACAAGAGUCUGAAACAUUCCUAUGUGCAGUGGAAGACAAGAUAAACCAGAGAAACCGUCAAGUCUCAGAGAAGAAGCAGCGCCCCCUGCCUUCCAAUGGACCUGGGAGUCCCGCUUCUCCCUCUGUGGCAACCAUGGACAUCCAGAACCCAGACAUCCAGGCUUCACGCUACCGCUCCGUCACACCUGUGCCUGCUCCUGCCUUUGUCAGUAGGGGGAAAAAGGACAAGAAGAAGGACAAGAAGAAGGGCAGUAAACUCUCCAAAGCAGACAUUGGAGCACCCAGUGGGUUUACACACGUGAGUCAUGUGGGCUGGGAUCCCAAUAACCUGGACCCUGACCUGAAGAAGCUGUUGUCCUGUGCUGGGAUCAGUGAGGCUGAGCUGAAGGAUGAGGAGACCUCCCAACUCAUCCAACAAGUCAUCGAGAACUCAGGCGGCAUGGAAGCAGUCAAAAAGGCCAUGCACACUGAUCCUGGGCAUCCUCACCCUCCGCCUGGUAGACAGGGUUCUCUACCUCCCGUACCAGGCAGCUGUUCCUCCUCUCCUGCCCCCACUCCUCCACGGGGGGGUCGCACUGGCCCCCUGCCCACUCCCCCAGGACAGCCAGGGCGAGGCCCACCCCACUCCCAUCCCCCUCCAUCCCGUGGAGCCCUGCCAACUCCACCCCCCUCAACCGGCCGAGGCGGACUCCCACCCCCUCCACCCUCUGUGUCCUAUACUUCUCCUCCCCCUCCCCCUCCCCCUGGCCACCAGCGCUCCAUGCCUGACCCUCAUCCACCUGCUCCAUCCGCCCCCAGCCGAGGAGGCCCAGCGCCUCCUCCACCUCCUCCCCCGCCUCCCCCAUCCCAGAGCUCUGGAGACUUUCCUCCUCGCCCCUGGAAAGGUCCCCCACCACCUGCUCCUGCAUCUACAGGAGGAUGUGAAGAAGGUGGUAGAGGAGCUCUGCUGGAUCAGAUCCGUCUGGGGAGGAAGCUCAAAAACGUCACAGACAGUCCUGAGUCACCUCCACCUGCCGAGACAGACUCAGAGGGCAUCGUAGGAGCUCUGAUGAUGGUCAUGCAGAAGAGGAGUAAAGUCAUCCACUCCUCUGAUGAAGGUGAAGACGAAGGAGGUUAUGAUGAUGAAGAUGACGAUGAGUGGGACGACUUAUAAGUGCAUUCCAUCCUGUAUUAUUUUCCACUCUGUAACCAUGGACUCAACAGUCUGUUUGAUCCAGUUAAUCUCUUUUGUGUUGGUGUUUUUGUAUCAGUUGCUGACUGGAAGGUGACUCACAAAGAUUUACAUCAGAAGAAUGCUACAGAUAAGGAUUGUGUGAAAGUCCCAAAUGUGAGAGAAAUCAACAGAACGUAAGACAGAGAAAGGAUUGAUGGAUCACAUAUCUUUAUAUUUGUCGUUCAAACGUUUCCAGUGUAGGACUCAUGCUGAGUAUGUACAACACAUUACAGUAUGUUACCGUACAACACAUUACAGUAUGUUACCGUACUACACAUUACAGUAUGUUACCGUACAACACAUUACAGUAUGUUACCGUACUACACAUUACAGUAUGUUACCGUACUACACAUUACAGUAUGUUACCGUACUACACAUUACAGUAUGUUGCUGUACUACACAUUACAGUAUGUUGCUGUACAACACAUUACAGUAUGUUACCGUACUACACAUUACAGUAUGUUGCCGUACAACACAUUACAGUAUGUUGCCGUACUACACAUUACAGUAUGUUACCGUACUACACAUUACAGUAUGUUGCCGUACUACACAUUACAGUAUGUUGCCGUACUACACAUUACAGUAUGUUGCCGUACUACACAUUACAGUAUGUUACCGUACUACACAUUACAGUAUGUUGCUGUACUACACAUUACAGUAUGUUGCUGUACAACACAUUACAGUAUGUUACCGUACUACACAUUACAGUAUGUUGCCGUACUACACAUUACAGUAUGUUACCGUACUACACAUUACAGUAUGUUGCUGUACUACACAUUACAGUAUGUUGCUGUACAACACAUUACAGUAUGUGGCUGUACUACACAUUACAGUAUGUUGCCGUACUACACAUUACAGUAUGUUGCCAUACUACAAUUACAGUAUGUUACCGUACUACACAUUACAGUAUGUUGCCGUACUACACAUUACAGUAUGUUGCCGUACUACACAUUACAGUAUGUUGCCGUACUACACAUUACAGUAUGUUGCCGUACUACACAUUACAGUAUGUUACCGUACUACACAUUACAGUAUGUUGCUGUACUACACAUUACAGUAUGUUACCGUACUACACAUUACAGUAUGUUGCCGUACUACACAUUACAGUAUGUUGCCGUACUACACAUUACAGUAUGUUACCGUACUACACAUUACAGUAUGUUGCCGUACUACACAUUACAGUAUGUUACCGUACUACACAUUACAGUAUGUUACCGUACUACACAUUACAGUAUGUUACCGUACUACACAUUACAGUAUGUUGCCGUACUACACAUUACAGUAUGUUGCCGUACUACACAUUACAGUAUGUUACCGUACUACACAUUACAGUAUGUUGCUCAAUAUCAUUAGAAAAUAUGGUGAGGUCUUCUUCACAGUCUUCUUUAUACCUGUUCCGAUUAAAAGUGACAAUUUCAUAUUGCUGGAAUGUAGUAUUAUAAUGUAAUACAAAGAUUAUGCACACACAGGAUUUACCAUCUUAUUCUUCUACAUGUAGAUAUUAUCUGUUUUGUUGAAAGAUCCCUCAAUUCCCUUUCAAUCCACCACCGUCCACGCACACAAUUCAAAGAAUACUGUAUAGUUAUGAGUCCUCAAACAAACAUAGGUCACAAAGGUGUUAGAGAGAACAAGAGAGUCACCACAAUUACAAUAUCACAUAUGGUAUUAGUAGACAAAUACAUACAUACAUGUACAUCACACCAAAACAUUAUCGCUCAACAUUGAACAGCAAAAUGUACACAUUUCCAACCGACUAAAGCGUGCAAAGGCAAAUGUUUAUCAAUUGUUUUAUAUCAUAAUCAUUAAACAUUAAUAAACCAUGGAUCUAUUUUGAUCCUAAAAUAUA